AUGCCAAUGAAAAAUCAAACCACAAUGACUGAAUUUAUUCAUCUGGGACAUUCCAGUGACUCACAGUUGCAGAUUUUCAUCUUCUCGGUGUUUUUAGUUAUUUACUUAAUCACUCUGAGUGGUAACAUAAUGAUCAUGCUGGUGAUAAGAGCUGAUUCUCACCUUCACACCCCUAUGUACUUCUUCCUAUUCCAUUUAUCCUUUGUUGAUAUCUGCUGUUCCUCAGUCACGGUGCCUAAUGCGCUGAGGAACUUUCUAGCAGUGCACAAAACUAUUUCUGUCAAUGGCUGCAUUGCUCAGAUGUUCUUCAUCCUCCUCUCAGGUGGUGCUGAAAUUCUCAUUCUCUCAGCCAUGGCUUAUGACCGCUACGCUGCCAUCUGUGACCCAUUGCGUUACAUGGAGAGAAUGAGCAACGGGAUCUGUGUUCAGCUGGUGAGUGGGGCAUGGGCAAUAAGUUUCUUCCAUGCCUUGCUUAACACUGUUUUUACCUUCAAGUUGCAUUUCUGUGGGCCCAAUCAAAUCAAUCAUUUCAGCUGUGAGCUCCCUCCUCUAUUACAACUUUUCUGCACUGACACCCUCACCAAUCAAGUGGUGCUUCUUACUUCUGUUCUGAUCCUUGGAUCAAGCUCUUUCCUUCUUACCCUGGUCUCCUACAUUCACAUCAUCUCCAACCUGAGGAUACACUCUGCAGAGGGCGGGCAUAAAGCCUUCUCCACUUGCAGCUCCCACCUGAUUGUGGUUGGCUUAUUUUACCUGACAGGUUUUCUCCAGUACACAAAAUCCAGUUCAGUCUCUUCUGUGGUGCUGGGUGAAAUAUUCUCCAUUCAAUACAGCGUCUUGACCCCCAUGAUAAACCCUAUUAUCUACAGCUUGAAAAAUAAGGAGUUGAAAACAGGUCUAGGGCAAAUGUUGGGGAAAUUGAAGUUUCUUUAGUAAUGUCAAUGAUCUUAAAUAAAUGACUUAUGUUUACAUCAGAGCAUAGAACUGUAGAUAACUUGUGUUUGGGAAAUUCUGAACUCAGGUAACUGAUGGACACGUUGGGACAAAACCUCAGUUAGUCUAAAUGAGUGUAGCUCCACUGAAGUUAGCGGGCCUGAUUCCUAGCUGUAUAAGAGUCACUGGAUCUUGGGUCUCCUAAAUCCGGAUGAGUGCUCUGAGCAGUAGGCUUUAGAGUCAUUCACACAUUUCUCCCUUUCUCUCCAUAACUCUUUAAUCUGGCUCACUGACUUCAGGGGAGCUAUGGCCAAUUUAUA